AUGAGGUUCCUUUCUGUGCUUGCUUUGUAUAACAACACGAUUUCCGGUUCUAUUCCGACCUGUUUGGGUCAGUUGUCUAAGUUGGCUUAUAUUUAUCUCAAUUAUAACAUCAUUUCUGGUUCCAUCCCUUAUGAACUGGGAAAUCUUUCUGAUCUUGAAGAGCUUCAUAUGAACAACAACUAUCUUACUGGUUCUAUUCCCACAACUUUUGUCAAUCUGAAGAAGCUAACCGUCUUGAUUCUCUUCGAGAAUCAGUUAAAUGGAUCAAUCCCCACAGAUAUUGGCAAAUUGAAGUCACUCCAAUGGGUGGAGCUCCAAAUGAACAAUCUCAGUGGUCCGAUUCCACGGUCUUUAGGUGAACUCAGGUCCCUCCGUCUUCUUCGUCUCUACUCGAACAAACUUUCUGGUCCACUACCGCAAGAGUUAGGAAAUAUGAUAUCCCUUUCUUCUCUGGAAUUGGGUGUCAAUCAACUCAACGGUUCCAUUCCAUCUUCGUUUGGUAAUCUACAGAAUUUAGAAAUAUUUUCUCUUAGGAACAAUCAAUUAUCUGGUUUCAUUCCACAAGAAAUGGGAAAACUGAAGCUGACUCUAAUAGAAAUUACCAACAACAGUUUUUCCGGUAGUUUGCCGGAUAAAAUCUGUAGCAGAGGGACACUUAAGAGGCUUUUAGUUGGAAAUAAUAAUCUCACAGGUCAAAUUCCAAGUAGUUUGUACAACUGUUCGAGCUUGAUCCGAGUACGGUUCGAUGGAAACCAGAUCACCGGAGAUAUUUCCGAAAGCUUCGGUGUCUAUGUGCAUCUCAAUUACAUCAAUCUUAACGAUAAUAAGGUUUACGGGGAACUCUCUAACAACUGGAGUAAGUGUAGAAACUUGACCACUAUGCAGAUGGGAGGGAAUCGAAUCAGUGGCAACAUACCUCCUUCUCUUGGAAACUCGCCACAAUUACAAGUACUUAAUCUUUCUUCUAAUGAUUUGGUCGGAGAGAUACCGAAAGAAUUUGGAAGGAUGUCUGGCCUGGUGAACCUUUAUUUAAGCCAUAACCAGCUUUCUGGUGUUGUCCCGAUGAAUCUAGGAUCGCUAGAUGAACUCUCGUAUCUUGAUCUGUCGAUGAACAAGUUUAAUGGGCGGGUUCCGUCUUCUUUAGGGAAUUGCUCGAAACUCUUUCACUUAAACUUGAGCAACAACGGAUUUACUCAUGAGAUCCCAGUUCAAAUCGGUCGAUUGUUUCACUUAUAUGAUCUUGAUCUGAGUCAUAAUUCGCUCACCGGAGAGAUACCAUCUUCUCUCUCAAUUGGAAGGCCCGAUUCCCGUUAG